GGACCCAGCGGAGAUGCAGCAACAAUUGCAAGUCGACUCCUGGAGUUCUCUGUAACAGUGCCUUUCCGGACUGCAGUGGAGGCAGACAUGGCCCGCAGAUCCCUGGUCGCCAAUGCCCGUCGCCAGCAAGUGAUGGUUCAGCAGGAGUUCACAGUGAAUGACAGUAUUCUGGCUGUUAGGUGGACUACUGAAGACCCUGUCCUCUUCCGAAUUUCCAUCAACACUUUCCUUGACCAGCUCUCCCUAGUGAUGAGAAACAUUCAGCGCCUGGAAUUUGUGGCUAUUGUCAAACGAGGACGAGGAAGAAGUCGUGAAUCCUAA